AUGCUUCGUGCGUUUGUCGUAGGCAAGGAGGCCAUUGUGUUUGGCAAUCUGGCAGAGAUUUGCGAUUUCCACGAGAAGGUAUUUGAGCCGGAGCUCUGCAAGUACGCCGGUGGCGGCGAUUUCCUGCCUGAAGACGUGGGUCACUGUUUUGUCAGCCACGGCGACCGGCUGGCGGAACUGUACGUGGACUACUGCGUCAACAAGGUGGACUCCACACAGAUUCUGAUCGAGGACACGGACAACUUCUUCCAGCGUCUCCAAAUCCACUAUGACCUAGCUGAGCCGCUCCAGUCCUUCCUCAUAAAGCCGGUGCAGCGCAUUACUAAGUACCAACUGAUUCUACGCGAACUGCGCGACUGUUGUGACAAAUCUAGCGCAGGCGAACUCCACGAGGGUCUGGAGGUGAUGCUGGCUGUUCCCAAGAAGGCUAACGAGGCCAUCCAUUUGCGCAUGCUUCAGGUUCGUCACGCCAUCUUCUGCCUUCCUGCACUUGCCUUUUACUUUAAAAUUUACAUGAAUAGCGGUUGA